GUUAUGACCGGCCAGAUCUAUGGCCGCCGGGGGCCCACUGGACAGGCUUAAGGCCCAAAUUAUCUUAGUUUAUUUUCAGAUUAUGAUUAUAUAUACAAGCUGUAAGACUAUUUUAAUGAUUAAGCAAUAAGACUAUUCUAUUGCCCGGCUCCCAGAGGAGCCGGAACCCUAAACCCUAGCUCUCUCUCCUGCGCCGCCGCCACCCAGCCAGAAGGACGGCGCCUCACCGCCAGCCGCCGCGUUCUAGCCCACGCCCCGCUCCCUCCUUUCCCUACCACCUACGAUCUAGAGGAGCCCGAACCCUAGCUCCUAACACCUUGGUAUCAGCCAACUCUGGUUCGACCAUGUCAUCCUCACCAUCAUCGCCGUCGCUGCCCGUGACCACCACCGCCGCGUCAGCGCCCCUCGCCACGGGGUCGCUGGUCCUCCCGUCCGCGUCGCUGGACCUCAUCCCCGGCGCGUCACCCGGCCAUCCGCCGGCCCCCAUCACCACUACGCCGCUGUCGCCAUCAACUCUACCGGCCCACUACACCCCGGAGGCCAUGGCGGGGGUCCUCAACGACUUGGUCGUCGCGGUCCAGGGCAUCCGGCUCUUCCUGGCCAGCCCGUACGGACCGCCACAGCCGCCCCCGCCGCCUGCGCCCUCCGGGCCGCCGACGCUUCUGUGGCACUCGGUGCCUGCCGCGCUCGCCGGCGGCUACCCGGCGCUACAACAGCCGGCCGCUCCAGCGCCGGCCUGGCCACACUGGCCCGCGCCAGCACCCGCGGGAUCGGCCGCGUCCGCCCCAACCCUGUGGCCGGUCUGGUCUGCCUCGACCCCCUCCGCGCCGGCUGCGCCAGCCCCCACGCCGUCCCCACCGCCUACCGCCGGCCUGAGUCAAGACCCUUCCGGGGGGCUUCCGAUCCAGCAGGUGCGGUUUCCACCGUCGCCCUCUCCGAUUCCGGCUUGGCUCACCGGAUCGUCGCCACCGCCGGUCUACACGGAGGCCGGCAAACCGGCGGUGCCCACGCUACAGUUCGGCGCGCCGUCCUCGGCCCUUCGCAUCGACGAACCGGUGGGCACUGGCGCAUCGACCCCGACACCACCUCGCUUUGCCCGGAUCGACUUUGCCACGUAUGAUGGCUCGGAGGACCCUCUUAACUGGUUAAACCAGUGUGAUCAGUUCUUCCGGGGACAGCGCACACCCGCGUCCGAGCGCACUUGGCUCGCGUCAUACCACCUCCGGGGUGCCGCCCAGACAUGGUACUACGCCCUCGAGCAGGACGAGGGCGACAUGCCCCCCUGGGAUCGUUUCCGCGAGCUGUGUCUCCUUCGCUUCAGUCCGCCACGGCGCGGCAGCCGCUUGUCCGAGCUGGGCCGCCUACCCUUCACCUCCAUGGUCCAGGAUUUCGCCGACCGCUUCCAGGCUCUGGCGUGUCACGCACCGGGGGUGACAGCACUACAGCGGGCUGAGCUUUUCGUCGGCGGCCUUCCCGACCACAUCCGCGUGGACGUCGAGAUGAAGGGACCCCAGGACCUGCAGACGGCCAUGUACUACGCUCGGGUGUUCGAGCAGCGCGCCCAGGCCUUAACACGGCCCGCACCACCUCGGGGGAGCCGAGUGCCUCCACGACCACCGCCGGCCGCGCCGGCCGCACCAGCUUCUGCAGCCGCCUCACCGACGGCCACUCCGGCCGCGACGCGGCCCUUCCGGCGCCUCUCGCAGGCCGAGCAGCUCGAGCGCCGCCGCCUGGGGCUGUGCUUUAACUGUGAUGUGCCCUAUGCCCCGGGCCAUGUCUGCCCGCGCAUCUUCUACUUGGAGACAGUCGACGAGACCGAGGAUGCUGCCACCGACGAGGGACUCGGCGACCCAGCCGCCGCCGAGGUCGCGCCGGCACCCGCGCCUGCGCCGGCUACGGCCCUUGUCGUCUCCCUCCACACGUUGGCCGGCAUCCGCAAUGAGCGGACUAUGCUUAUUCCGGUCACGAUCCACGGCGAGACUCUGGUGGCUCUCUUAGACACGGGCUCUACACAUAACUUCCUUCCGGAGGCUACUAUGCGGCGCCUUGCCCUACAAUCGACGGGAGGGGAGCAGCUGCGGGUCACCGUCGCUAAUGGCGACCGCCUUCGAUGCCAUGGGCUCGCUCGGGGCGUUCCCAUUACUAUCGGCGACGAGCACUUCACCAUCACAUGUGCCGACAUCGACUUGGGCUGCUUCGACUUCAUCCUCGGCGUCGACUUUUUGCGGACUCUCGGCCCCAUCCUUUGGGACUUCGACGCCCUGACGAUGACCUUCUGGCGCCUCGGCCGCCGCAUCCGAUGGGAGGGCGUUGGCGGCACCCCGGCGUCGCCCCCAUUCCAGCUAGCCGCGGCCACCACGGAGGCCGAGCAUCCGCUGCUGGAUCACCUCCUGCAGCAGCACGGUGAUCUUUUUGCGGAACCCCAGGGCCUUCCGCCGGCCCGGGUCUACGACCACCGUAUUCAUCUCCUGCCGGGCUCGGCUCCGGUGGCAGUACGACCCUACCGGUACCCUCAGUUGCAGAAGGACGAGUUGGAGCGGCAGUGCGCCAUCAUGCUUGCCGCGGGCAUUAUCUGUAUCUCUACAUCACCCUUUACGGUGCCGGUCCUCCUCGUCCAUAAGUCGGACGGAACUUGGCGUUUCUGCAUCGACUACCGCGCCCUUAAUGCUCUCACACUUAAGGAUAAGUUUUCUAUUCCGGUGGUCGAUGAACUCCUGGAUGAGCUACAUGGUGCGCGCUUCUUCACCAAACUGGACCUCCGGUCGGGAUAUCAUCAGGUGCGCAUGCAUCCCGACGACAUCGCCAAGACGGCGUUCCGGACCCAUCACGGCCACUUCGAGUUCUUGGUGAUGCCCUUUGGCCUCGCCAAUGCCCCGGCGACAUUUCAGGCCUUGAUGAACGAUGUCCUCCGGCCCUACUUACGUCGGUUUGUGCUCGUUUUCUUUGAUGACAUUCUUAUCUACAGCGCCUCUUGGGCAGAGCACCUCCAGCAUGUGGCCAUCGUCUUCAACAAGCUUCGGGCGCAUCAUCUUCAUCUUAAGCGCUCGAAGUGCUCGUUCGGGACACCUUCGGUCGCUUACCUCGGCCGAGGGUGUGGCCAUGGACGCCGACAAGGUGGCGGCCGUCGCCGCCUGGCCCAUUCCGCAGUCUCCGCGGGCUCUUCGCGGCUUCCUUGGUCUUGUCGGGUACUACCGGAAGUUCAUCCGGGAGUUUGGCCUUAUCGCGGCCCCGCUCACGCGUCUCCUCUGCCGCGACGCCUUCUCUUGGGAUACGGAGGCCACUUCAGCGUUCGAGGCCCUCAAGGGGGCCCUCAUGACGGGACCCGUACUACAGAUGCCGGACUUCGACUUUCCCUUCACCGUCGACUGCGACGCUUCCGGUGAGGGGUUUGGUGCGGUCUUGCACCAGGGCGAUGGACCCCUCGCUUUCUUCAGCCGCCCCUUUGCUGCUCGCCAUCUUAAAUUGGCGGCGUAUGAGCGUGAGCUCAUUGGGUUGGUGCAGGCAGU